AUGGAAGCCAAUACACCAUCACAGUCGAUCAUUAGUUGCGCUCAAGAGAAUAAUGAUACGAAGACUGCAUCAGCUGCAGCGUAUGGUUCAUCCCCGUUCCCCAUUACGGCUGCUAGGGGAAGUAAAGACGACCUUUCCAAUACAAUCCAUUCUACACUGGCUCAUAUGAAUUUGCGCAAUCAAAUCAAAGGAGCAGGGGCCAGCCUGAAUAUUACAAUACUCGAUGAUUAUCAUGAUACUAUUCGUACUCUUAAAUGUUUCAGUAAAUUGUCGGGGCAUAAUGUUACAAUUUGGAAUGAUCAUACUGAAAACAUUGAUAUACUACACGAUCGAUUAAAAGACACCGAAGUUCUGGUUUUAAUCCGCGAGCGAACGCAAAUUCGUGAGGCGCUACUAAAGCGGCUCACGAAGCUGAAACUCAUUAGUCAGCGCAGUGUCUAUCCGCACAUUGAUAUUGAUGCAUGUACCCGCCAGAAAGUAAUUGUAUCCUCGGACCAACACCCAGGCACGCCGUCUUAUGCAGCUGCGGAAUUGACUUGGGGACUGAUUAUUGCGGCGAUGCGCCAGAUUCCUCAGCAGAUGGCAGCCCUCAAAGAAGGAAAAUGGCAGACUGGAGUUGGAUAUGGAUUGCGUGGGAAAACAUUGGGAAUCUACGGCUAUGGUAGAAUCGGCAGAACUGUGGCAAGAUAUGGCCAAGCAUUUGGUAUGAAUGUGAUAGUGUGGGCGCGUGAAGCAUCGCUCAAUCGAGCACAGAUGGACGGAUUUCCAGUUGCCGAUAGCAAGAACGUGUUCUUCGAGGAAUGCGACAUUAUUUCUCUGCACAUGCGUCUCGUGGAUGCAACCCGCAAUAUCGUGACUGCUUCCGACUUGGCGCGCAUGAAGUCGACGGCACUCAUCGUUAAUACAAGCAGAGCCGGUCUGAUUGAACCCAGUGCACUGGUGAAUGCACUCCUUGCUGGUCGUCCAGGUAUGGCAGCGGUUGACGUUUACGAAGAAGAACCAGUACUGGACACGAGUCAUCCCCUUCUCAUAAUGGAUAACGUUGUUUGUACUCCACACAUCGGUUACGUGUCCCGAGAUGAGUACGAAAUUCAAUUCGUCGAUAUUUUCAACCAGAUUACCGCCUACUGUGCUGGCAAGCCAGUUGCCGUCGUGAAUCCCGAAGUACUGGAUGCGUGGAAACACAACGAAAACGAUUAA